AUGGCUCGCGUUGGUGCUUCUCGUGCCAGCCGCACGGGCCUGGCUGUUGGCUUGGCGUUGCUGGGCGUACUCUGCAUGGCCAUGACGGUCACAUCCACGGCUGCGAGUCAGCGCCGCGAGUUUUUGGCUCAGCGCCGCCAAAUUUUGGCUCGACCCAAAACUUCAACUCGCCGGCAGUACUUGUCGCUCGGCCCCGACGGCAACGUGUCUCGAGCCCCGCAGCGUGAGGCACACUGGCAUCAACUGCAAGAACAUCUCAAGGCUCACCACCAGCGCCCCAUCACAGAUGCGCCGAGCGGUGUUAAGCGUUCCACCCCGCUCCGUCCAGAAGACCUACUCCCACUUCCCUCAACCUCGGGUCCGACCGCAGAAAGUUUUCCCAUCCCGGCUGAGCUUCGUCGUCGUCGCGCUGCCAGCGACAAUGCUGCUUGUACCAAUGUGGACAUGACGAGUGUUUCUGAGCGAGUAUCACAGGCCACGGACAGCUAUACGUUCGAGGCCACGGGUGGUCUAUAUCUCAACUGGCUGGGAGCGCCGUACGAGGGCAUCAUGGCCUGGCUCGAGUUUGGUAGCAGUACCACGCAGGGCAACGCCUACUGCUCGUCAGAUAUGGGCAAAACUUUUGCGGCAUGCUCGGGCAUUACACUCGAUAUCGCCGAUUUUGUUUCCAUCGAGCCUCCCAACAACAAGAAGAUGGCUGGUGGCCUGCUUGUGUACGCCCUCCCCGUGACGGGCAAGUUCAUUUUUGUGGCGAGCGAUGACCUCCAAUUCACCAAAAAGAGUGUCAACGAGGCUUACGAUCGCAUUCUUCUCCACCCCACCGACCAGACUCAGCUGCUGGGCUUUGUGAAGGCAUCCUUGAAUGGCGUCGAGAGUGAUACCAUGUAUCAUCUCAAGUACAGCAAUGGCGAGUUUAGUGAAACCCAGCUCGAGACUCACGUGCACUUUGCCGAGUGGCUGCAGCCGCAGUUUAUCCUCGAAAGCGAUGAAUCCGACGUCAUUCUCAUGACGCAGUAUCAGCCAGAGGCCGACACUAGCAGUGGUCAGGAGAGUGACGCCGACGUGCCCAUCCAUUUUGUUCGCAUUGAGAACCCAUCCUCUUCAACGCCGCACCGCGUUACCCUCAAAGAAAAUUGCCACGAGUUUACACAGUCGGACUCGUUCCUGUUUGUCAAGGAGACACCGGGCACGUUUGGCGAGCAAACUUUGCACGUGAGCUCGGACAACGGCAAAACCUUUACUGAAACAGUGUUCCCGACAAGUGGCAAGUCUCUCAACUACUAUGUGACGGAAACCGGCGAGGGCGAAGCACUGGUCGUUUCGGAAGCUCAAAUCACAGGCUUUUACGGCAACCUCUCCAUUACAAUUCAAGGCACAAGUACCGUGCUUCAGGCAGCCCGACUCAAAGAGUCUCCAUUAGUUGAAACGGCUCUGACUGGGAAGGUGGUCAAGCCCGCUUCAAACCCAACAGGCUGUGCUGACAGCGGGGGUAUCGGCACGAGUGUGGCCGGCUUUAUCGUUCUCGUUCAGCGCGGGGAUUGCACCUUUGCCGAAAAGGUGCGCCUUGCCGAGGAUGCCGGAGCCGCCGCGCUCAUCAUUUACGACACUGCAAGCGAUUACAUUGGUGGCGUUUACGGCUUGGACAAGGCGGAUGCAACCCCAACCAUCCCGGCCAUGCUCGUGGGCAAGAACGCUGGCCAGGUUCUGUGGAAUAAGGCUGGGACUGAUGGCCAGUCGACUCUCUCGGUUACGCUGGUUGAAGAAGACGUCUCAGAGCAGAGCUUGUACCGGGAAACCGUCUUGUACAUUUCGGACGCUACGGGCGUUUACUAUACGGUUGCUUUGCCCGAUAUUCUCUACUUUCCCGCCACGGAGGAGAGUGACGAGGUGGUUGAUCUGCAUGCAGUGCAGAGCCAGCGCGGUACACUCAUUGCCAAUGUCCUAGACCAAGGCUCAUAUGUCAGCUUGAUCUCGUACAACAAGGGGGCGCUGUGGAGCAAGAUUCCAGUGCCAGAGAAUAGCCGAAGUCGUUGCGAGGGCUCGAAUGAGUGCAAUCUUCACGUGACACUUGAGAUCUGGCAGGCGCUGUAUGGCGUGCCGCUCCCGUCAAGUCGUGCCAAUGCACCAGGGAUUGUCAUGGUCAACGGCUUUGUCGGUGCGGCGCUGGCCGACACAUAUGAUUCAAACGUGUACCUGUCACGCAACGGUGGAUUCACCUGGGAUGAGAUGUUUGGCAAGCCUCAUUUGUAUGAGAUCUUGAACUACGGUGCCUUGCUGGUAGCAAUUCCAUACCUCCAAUCGAGCACCAUCAGCUAUUCCAUGCUGGACGGUCGAGAGGACGAAUGGGCUACCUUGAAGAUUGCGGAGAGCGAUGUCUGGCUGUACUUUGCUACAGAGCCCUCUCAUCGGGAGUCUGCCGUUUCACUUUUUUACCAAAAUGAUGACUACUAUUGGGUGACCAAAACAGUCGACAUGGCCGAUGCCUCUGUACCCUACUUUUUUGAUUACAUCCUGACGCCGAGCUUUGAUUGUUUCCUAGGUUUGGACGCCGACUUUUAUACCGAGACUGUGCCUAAUACUGGCACGACAAAGGACGUGUGCCUUCUGGGUGGCCUCUACUCACACCUGCGUCGCAGCAGCUGCGCCCUCUGCUCGAUUGAUGUGGACCAGGACGUGCACACACUGACUCUGGAGCACUCGUGCGCAUGUUCCAGAGAGGAUUAUCAAUGCCUCGCGUAUGGUGGCAUAUCUUUUGGAUUGAGCACCUCCCCUGCCCUCAUCCGCCGUUCUACCUCACAGCCGGAGGAAUCCACGACCAUGGUUUCCUCGUAUGCCAAGAUCGCGGGAGACGUGUGUGAGGAAAGCUCACUUUCCAAGCAAUACGAGGCUGCAUCGGUCGAGCUCACUUGCACCUCGCACAAGAAGCGCCACCUCUCCGCUGGUGCUGGCUUUGCAGUGGCACUGGCCGUGCUCAUCUGUCUUGUUGUCUUGAUUGCGGGAACCUUUUACUGCUCUCCGCGCGCUCGUUCUUUGUACCAACAACUUGAGGCUGGCCUCAAUGGCGAUACCAGCCUGGGCCCGUUGGACAGUGACGAUGACAUGCUGAUUGGCGAGGAAGAUGCGCUGGAAGGGCCCAUUCGGCCGAUCGGCGGGAAUGCCCAUUUCGAUGACGAUGACGACGAAGAUGACUUUUUCAAGUAGUGGGUCGUUUCUGAUUUAGUCUGAGCAACCGCCAUGCUCGCGUUGCUCCUCUUGUUUGUACAGAGCUAUUUUAUGACUCUUGUAUGCCCCUUUCCUUUCCUUUCUUUUUCAUUUGUUUCAAAGGAACUCGCGUGAUGCUCAAACCUCCCCAAGGGAGCCUUGUGACAACACCAUGAUACCUUGAUCACUGAUUACAACCAAAUUUAAGACGACCUUUGA